GGCCAAUCAGCUUCCUUCCGCGUUUCCUGUCUUGGCUGGCUGGAUGAGUCCUGUUUCUGGGUUGUUUUCGCUCCUUUUGGGAGCUAUAGUUUCCCCCUUUGGAUGCUCCGCUCUUUCUGGUCGGAGCCAUCGUUUGCAUUAUUUCUUCACGGGGGUUUCUGAGCCCGGCGGGGGGCUGCCCCACUUCAGCAUCGUGGGCUACUUGGAUGAUGAGCAGUUCGUUCGCUAUGACAGCGAGACGAGGAGGGAUCUGCCACGGUCCUCCUGGAUCCAGAAAAUGGAGGAACACGAUGCCCAAUACUGGGACUGGCAGACGCAGCUCUCGCGGAGCUGGGAGCUCUACUUCCGAGUCAGCCUCUGGACCCGCUUCAACCACAGCCGUGGGCAUCACACCUGGCAGUGGAUGCAUGGCUGCGAAGUGAGUGCAGAUGGCCGCAAAGGGGGCCUCUCCCAGUUCGGCUAUGACGGGAGGGACUUCCUCAGCCUGGACAAGGAGACCCUCACCUGGACGGCCUCCAACCCCAAGGCCCAGGUGACCAAGCGGAAGUGGGAGGCGGACCGCGUCUGGACCCAGGGGCGCAAGACCUUCCUGGAGGAGGACUGCAUUGAUUGGCUGCACAAGUACCUCAAUUAUGGGAAGGAGACGCUGCUCCGGAAAGAGCCUCCAGUGGUGAAGGUGAUGCGAAAGGCCAGCUACGGAGACCUGGAGACCCUUCUGUGUCGGGCCCAUGGCUUCUACCCAAAGGAGAUCGACAUCACCUGGAGGAUGGAGGGGAACGUCAUGGAACAGGAGACCCGCCGCGGGGGCGUUGCUCCCAAUGCCGACGGCACCUACCACACCUGGCUGAGUAUCGAGGUCGACACCAAGGAUCGGGACCUGUACCGGUGCCAUGUGGAGCAUGAUAGCCUCCCAGAACCUCUGGACGCAACAUGGGAGGAGGCUGGUGUCCUAUGGCCCCUCAUGGCCGGCAUCUCGGGGGCCGUGGCUGUUGUCAUCCUCCUUGGAGUCGUACUCGUCCUCUACCUCAAAAGAUGGCGUGACGGAUACAGAGCAACAGCAACCUCCUAGGCCUCAAAGUCCAUGAGAAGAAGAAGAGCCAAAGGGACUCAUCCAGGGAUCGUCCACGUUCCUCUGCAGCUCCUUCCAUCGGCAUUUGAAUCCCAGUCUGUUACUUACUACAAUGUUACUCCCUACUCUCCCCGUUCCUAAUUCUGGGCAUUCUUUCCCAGUCUCUGACUUGAAGAAGACCUUCGGGAUCAACAGGGAAACUGCUUUCUGGUGGAUUUGGGGCCGAAACUGGUUAUUUUGGUCCUCACAUUGUCUUGCCAGAGAAAAGAUACGGCAAGCAGAUGAUCAGUAAAGAACAAAAAGAGCAACACAUAUACAUUCAUGUGAACGAUUGCACUGACUUAAACCAUGUCUGGGUUGUUGUAGGUUUUUUCGGGCUAUAUGGCCAUGGUCUAGAGGCAUUCUCUCCUGAUGUUCUGCCUGCAUCUAUGGCAAGCAUCCUCAGAGGUUGUGAGGUCUGUUGGAACUAGGAAAAUGGGUUUAUAUAUAUGUGGAAGGACCAGGGUGGGGAAAAGGACUCUUGUCUGCUGGAGCUAGGUGUGAAUGUUUCAACUGAUCACCUUGAUUAGUGGAGCCCCCAGUGGCGCAGUGGGUUAAACCCCUGUGCUGGCAGGACUGAAGACCGACAGGUCGCAGGUUCAAAUCCGGGGAGAGGCGGAUGAGCUCCCUCUAUCAGCUCCAGCUCCUCAUGCAGGGACAUGAGAGAAGCCUCCCACAAGGGUGAUAAAAAACAUCAAAUCAUCCGGGUGUCCCCUGGGCAACGUUCUUGCAGACGGCCAAUUCUCUCACACCAGAAGCGACUUGCAGUUUCUCAAGUCGCUCCUGACACGACAGGACCUUGGUUAGCAUUUGAUGGCCUGGCAGUGCCUGGGGCAACUAUCUACAGACUCACCAAGAAGCAUUCUCUCCCGAUGUUUCACCUGCAUCUAUGGCAAGCAUCCUCAGAGGUGGUCAGUUGAAACAUUCACACCUAGCUCCAGCAGACAAGAGUCCUUUGUCCCACCCUGGUCAUUCCACAGAUAUAUAAACCCGCUUUCCUAGUUCCAACAGACCUCACUACCUCUGAGGAUGCUUGCCAUAGAUGCAGGCGAAACGUCAGGAGGGAAUGCUUCUUGAACAUGGCCAUAUAGCCCGAAAAAACCUACAACAACCCAGUGAUUCCAGCCAUGAAAGCCUUCAACAAUACAUUAAACAAUGUCCUUUGAGAAAGGUUCAAAUGGCCUUUAGGUGUCCAUGUGGAAAAACCUCCUUCCAGCAGUCCAGAAGCAAAAAAAAAAAAAAAAAUCUGUCUGCACGCUUCUGAACAGCUAAAACCUGGAAAAAAUGUAACUGUUGCCCAAAUUCCCAGGCUCAGCUAGUUUUGUUGGGCAUGAUUCAACCAAUCAGCUUUGUGUUUUGCAUUUUAAGUUAACAUACACACACCAACUGAUUUUUUUAACGUGUUCUAACAAUUUUGAAUAGGCGGUUGCGCCUCACAAGUCCACAGAUACAGCUACUUUCGAAAGGGAUGUUUCUUUGUAAUUCAUGCUCAGGUGUGCCUUUCUUUUGUAACCUUGCUGAACAUUACGAAUUGUCGUGCCCCCCCCCUCCUCUUUUGACUGUAUUUAUAUGUUUAAUCUUAUUUUGGGCUUUUGUAUGAGUUGGAUCUAAGUCUUCCUGCAAGCCGUGAGACUCUGUUACUGUUCCUUAUAAAGCAGAUUUUAUCUGUUACGGCAUUUAAUGCACUUCAUUAAACUUUUCCAUA